UUUCUCUCUCUCACUGGAAGUGGGAUAAAACCAAAAGUCCAACUUGUCGCCACUGGUCCGUGAAGGAGCAGCAGAUCCUCUCCGUUCAGGGACAAAAUGACGAGUCGUCUGGAGAAAAUGGUGGCUGAGAAGAAGGAGACCAUCGAGGCGCUGAUGGACAUGUUUGAGAAGGGCGCCGAGGUGCUGGCGAGCGCCGUGGGGGAACUGUUCCCGCUCUGCGAGGCGGCCGCUCCGGUCCUCAAGCUGGUCCUGAACAACGUCCACAGUAAGGAGGUGUUUUACGUCAAAGAGCAGUUCCUGACGGUGAGGAGCAAGCUGGACGUGCUGUCCAACCAGCUGGAGGACAUCGAGUCCGAGCUCAGGAGGGGACACCUGGACCGAGACUACUUCUCCGUGGAGGAAAACAUCCGGAACCAGUUCAGGAAGUACAUGGACAUCUUGGAGGCGAAGCCGCAGUUCAGGGAGGUGAAGAAGAAGCUGUUCCUGGAUCACUUCACUAAAACCGGUGGAGAGAAGAACCUCAGUGUGCUGCACGAUGCUCUGAUGGGAACCAGCAGCUUCAAAGAUCCCAUGUUAGACACAGUGGAGAGGUAUGUUGGGAGGAACCGGCGCCUCCUGGAGGACUUCUGCGUCCGGAUGAAGGAGCUCUUCUGCCUGGGUUUGAUUUCUCUGCUGGGCUACUGCACCCUCACCCAGAGCCCAGAGGAAGAGCAGGACAAGAUCCGAGAGUGGAGCACCAAAAUUGAAGAGGUAGAGUCCAAGAUGAAGGCAGCCAUCGAGUCCUGCAUAGCUGCGUUUCCAGAGCAAGCGAAACUAGACGUGCAGCGCCUCCUGCAAGAGACAGAGGAGGAAAGUCUUCAGGAUGCACCUCAGAGUCUUCUGGAGUUCCUUGUGAAAAAGUACGACUGGGUCUCCUGGUCUGUGCGGCUGAUCAAAAACUCAGGCAAAGCCUUUGAGAGCCUGCGAGCCGGGAAGCACUUCCACCACGUGGCGGGACAGAACUGGUUUGAGGUUCUUCAGGUGAACGACGUCAGCCUGGUGGUAUCGUUCAGCACCGCGCCUCAGCCGGUUCCCAGCGACUGCCUUCGGCAGCUGAUGGAGGGUCCGGCCAGGAAGGGCAACGCUCUGGAGGCGGUGGAGGCGCUGGAGAAGCAGCUGAGCGGGUUCAUCGUUCACGCCAUCAGUCGGCACAAAGAGUCUGCAGCCGCGUGGAGCUUCCCGGAAGAAUGCCACUACUGGGAACGCCACAAGAACGUGGCCGUGUGUGUGCACUCGGAAUAACGCUCAAGAGCAGGGUUUCAAGAUUUAUCAUCCAUUUAAAGGGGCAGUGUUACGUAUAUUGUCUCUCUCUCUUUAAAAAAACUCUUGCUCUUCCAAACACUCCACCUUCUGUAUGUCAUCAAAACUCCUUUCCUUUGAAGCAAUUAUCAACGUUUUUACCCACUUUGCACUGAGAAGCAGCUCGUGUGAUCACUUCAACAGAUACGUAGUUCCACCAGUGUUUGCUAACUGCUGCUGCCACUAGUCUGGAGGAACUGAAUGGGGAGGGGUGCUCUGUAACAAAGUCGAUUUUACAUAACACUGCCCCUUUAACUGCAGAAACCUUCAUCCUGCUGCAAUGAGGAAUCAAAUAUCAUUAUGUAUCCCUGUAUCAGCUGAAUAUACCUGCCAUCCCAUGUGUCCUGUAGCUACUUUAACACCUUUAAGACCCAAAGUACUGUGUGGAUCCUCCUUCAUGUGACAUGCAGUUCAUUUAUUUAACUGCAUUCAGAAAUAAUUUCUAUCACUGACAUGUUUAACACAAUGAACAUAAUGUUGAUCCCAGACAAGUGAAGUGUUUAUCUAGUGCGUAUGAAACUCCAGUCUGGAUCACUUUAAGCAGAAUUUCACUCCAUCUUCUUAACUUUGACCUCAGCCGCUUGCUGUAACGCUGCCGCCUUCAUUCAGCCCCACAGAAAAGGCUUUGCUGACUCGGCGUCUUCGUCCCAGAGCUCCAUGUUUGUCCCCAGCAGGCUGACCUACAUAAUAACUCUGACAGGGAACAGAGGCAACGUCUUCAGGCGGGAGACGUCACAAUGUGCCUUAAGCUCCAGAAUAAAGAAACACCCAGCCGGAUCUUUAAAGCUGCAGUAUGUAACUUUUAUAAAAAUAUGUUUUUAAACAUUUGUUCAAAUUGUCACCAUGUUGUCACAGUUUGUUAUGAGAUAGAUAAUCUGUGAAAAAAAUCCAUCUCCUCCACUUCCUACAUGAGCUACGAUUACUGACAGAAGAAAUGCAUCAAAACAACCAAUCAGAGGCAGGAGGAGGGGCUUGGCGCUGUCAAUCACCCUCACGUACUUGCUGGUCAGCAUGCUAAUGACAGAGAAACAACUUAAACAACGGAGAAACAAUGGCUGAUAAACAGGAAAACCGUUUAUCAGCCAUUGUCUGUCGUCAUGCCAACACAUGACAAGCUGCGCUAACUGUAGCGUAGCAAAGUCCAAAGGGGAGAGGAAGUAGGCUGAGCAGCGCCACAUGGAGAGGUGACUGACAGCACUAAGACCCGCCCCUGGCUCUGAUUGGUUGUUUCUCAUUAGCAGUGGGAGAAGGCAGCUUGAUUUUUGUUUGUUGGAAGACUCUCCAUCACGGCAUGUUUUACUAAAUCUGAAUGCUUUUUGCAUUAAUUUUAACUUUCUGGAUGAAUACUGGACCUGCUGUCUUCUUAUGCUGCCAUUUCUCUUCUGAAUUUUGUUUGAAUAUGAAUGGCAGUGAAAUACUUUCCUCUAUCUGCUGUUCGCGAUUAACAUGAGGAGCAGGAAUGUUUCGCUUCUUUAUUAACAAUAAAAACUUGAGCAUGAUCAGCA